UGAAAACGGAAGUGACAGGUCGGCAGCGGUGCUGGCGUGCCUGUUGAUUUGCCACGACGCCGAAGUUAAUGUUUUCGGGCAAGCAAUCGCUCUAAAUAAAGCAGUUUCAUUCGUUAGCGUUCAGCGAAGACAAGAGUUAGAAUGCUGACGAAGUUCGAGACCAAAUCGGCCCGUGUCAAGGGGCUGAGUUUUCACCCGAAGAGGCCAUGGAUCCUGGCGAGUCUCCACAACGGUGUCAUACAGCUAUGGGACUACCGAAUGUGCACGCUUCUCGACAAAUUUGACGAGCACGAUGGUCCUGUGAGGGGCAUCUGCUUCCACAACCAACAGCCGCUGUUUGUUUCCGGGGGCGACGACUAUCAAAUCAAGGUCUGGAACUACAAGCAGCGGCGAUGCAUGUUCACACUGCUAGGCCACUUGGAUUACAUUCGCACAACCACGUUCCACCACGAGUACCCAUGGAUCCUGUCUUCCUCGGACGAUCAGACCAUCCGCGUGUGGAACUGGCAGUCGCGCACCUGCAUCUGCGUGCUCACGGGACACACUCACUAUGUCAUGUGUGCCCAGUUCCACCCGUCCGAGGACCUGAUGGUCUCGGCCUCACUUGACCAGACGAUCCGUGUCUGGGACCUGGGAGGGCUUCGAAAGAAAAAUGUCGCACCUGGACCGGGGGGCCUUGACGAACACCUGAAGAAUCCAGGUCACACGGACCUGUUUGGAACGUCGGAUGCUGUUGUGCGGCACUUCCUUGAUGGUCAUGAACGUGGUGUAAACUGGGCAGUGUUCCAUCCCACCGCACCCCUCGUGGUGUCGGGCGCUGAUGACCGGCAGAUCAAGCUCUGGCGCAUGAAUGAGUCCAAGGCCUGGGAAGUGGACACCUGCCGUGGCCACUACUGCAAUGUUUCCUGCGUUUUGUUCCACCCAAGGCAGGAGCUCAUCCUCAGUAACUCUGAAGACAAGAGCAUCCGAGUGUGGGACAUGUCGAAGCGCACCUGCCUGCACACUUUCCGGCGCGAGCAUGAUCGUUUCUGGAUCUUGGCUAGCCACCCGAGCCUCAACCUCUUCGCAGCAGGACAUGAUUCAGGCAUGAUUCUGUUCAAGCUUGAGCGUGAGCGCCCUGCCUUUGCCCUACAUGGUAACCUGCUGUACUACUGCAAGGAUCGUUUCCUGCGACGGUUGGACCUUACUACCUCCAAGGAUGUGGCCUACCUGCAGUUCCGAGGUGGCAGCCGCAGCCCUGUCUUCAGCAUGUCGUACAAUCCAGCGGAGAACGCCGUUCUGCUGAACACACGCACUGCAAACCCAGACAACAGCACGUACGACCUUUGCAUGGUUCCUAAAGACUACGACCCACAGAAUCCUGACAUGGUCGAGGGAAAGCGGUCCACUGGCCUCACCGCUGUCUGGGUGGCACGCAACCGUUUCGCUGUACUUGAUCGCACCCACAAUAUUGUCAUCAAAAACAUGAAGAAUGAGGUCAGCAAGAAGGUGCAGACGCCUAGCUGCGAUGAGAUCUUUUAUGCUGGCACAGGCAUGCUUCUGUUGCGUGAUUCAGACAGCUUGAUGCUGUUUGAUGUGACUCAGGGAAGGCAGCGAGCCUCGGUCAAGGCCAAGGCUAAGUAUGUGGUUUGGAGCUCAGACAUGAGCCACGUGGCCCUGCUGGCCAAGCACACUCUGACCAUCUGCAACCGGAACCUGGAGGUGCUCUGCAGCGUUCAGGAGAGCACACGUGUCAAGAGCGGUGCCUGGGACGACUCUGGUGUUUUCGUCUACACCACCUCCAACCACAUCAAGUACACCCUCACCAAUGGAGAUCAUGGCAUAAUCCGCACCCUGGACUUGCCCAUCUACAUAACUCGUGUGAAGGACUCGAGUGUGUAUUGCCUGGACCGCGAAUGCCGGCCCCGUGUCCUGGGCAUCGACCCCACUGAGUAUCGGUUCAAGCUUGCUCUGGUCAACCGAAAGUAUGAUGAGGUUCUGCACAUGGUGCGUAAUGCCAAGCUCGUGGGCCAGUCCAUCAUUGCCUACCUGCAGAAGAAGGGCUACCCUGAGGUGGCACUGCACUUUGUCAAGGACGAGAAGACACGCUUCGCCCUUGCAUUGGAGUGUGGCAACAUUGAGGUUGCCUUGGAGGCAGCUCGCACCCUGGAUGAUAAGAAAUGCUGGGAAAAGCUGGGCGAAGCUGCAUUGCUGCAAGGAAAUCACCAGGUGGUGGAGAUGGCAUAUCAGCGCACCAAGAACUUUGACAAGCUGUCGUUCCUCUACCUGAUCACGGGCAACCUGGAGAAGCUUCGCAAGAUGCUCAAGAUUGCGGAGAUUCGCAAGGACACGAGCGGGCAGUUCACCAACGCCCUCUACCUCGGCGAUGUGCAGGAGCGCAUCAAGAUCCUCAAGAACUGCGGACAGACAUCCCUGGCGUACUUGUGUGCUCGCACACACGGCCUUACAGAGGAGGCGGAGGCUCUUGCUCCGACCGUGCCGAAUGCAGAGUCUCACAGUGCCCCGGAUCCAAAUGCCCCUCUCCUCACGCCCCCUGUGCCGAUCCAACCAUGCGAUGAGAAUUGGCCUCUGCUGAGUGUCACCCGGGGCUUUUUCGACAGUGCGGCUACCACAAAGAAGACUGCCAUGGCUGCAGCAGAUGUGGAGGUGGACGCUGAAGGCUGGGGAGAUGAUGCUGAACUUGCUUUGGAUGAAGAAGGCGCUGCUGCUGAAAAGGAGCCCAUCGAAGCUGGUGAAGCCGGAGAAGGCGGAUGGGACGUCGACGAAGACAUCGAGCUGCCACCAGAACUUGCUGAAGCAGCGGGACCCACCCCUGGUGCUGGGGACGAGGGCUAUUUCGUGGCCCCAACCAAGGGUGUCUCCCAGAGCCAGCAAUGGACCAACAACUCCAAGCUUGCCGUCGACCAUGUCUUGGCUGGUUCGUUCGAAUCUGCCUUUCGCCUGCUUCAUGACCAAGUCGGCGCGGUUGUCUUUGAACCUCUUCGACCACUUUUCAUGGCAACCUUCGCACGUUCUCGAACGGCGUUUCAGGGCUUGCCCGAGCUUCCCUGUCUUUAUGGACACCCUCUGCGGAACUGGAGGGACGCCAGUUCUGCCAAGAGCGGCCUCCCUGCUGUCGGUUGCAAGCUUUCGGACCUGCUUGAUCGUCUGCAGCUGUGCUACCAGCUGACCACAUCUGGAAAGUUCACCGAAGCGGUUGAAAAGUUCCGGGCCCUUCUCCUCUCUGUCCUCCUCCUUGCUGUUGACACAAGACAGGAGAUGGCGGAGGCCCAGCAGCUCAUUGAAGUCUGUCGCGAGUACAUCCUGGGUCUUUCCCUGGAGACCGAACGAAAGGCCCUCCCCAAGGAGACCCUAGAGCAGCAGAAGCGGGCCUGCGAGAUGGCAGCAUAUUUCACGCACUGUAACUUGCAGCCAAUCCACCAGAUCCUGACCCUUCGUACCGCACUGAACCUGUUCUUCAAGCUGAAGAACUACAAGACAGCGGCAUCCCUUGGCAGGCGGCUUCUGGAACUAGGACCACGUCCUGAUGUUGCCGCGCAGACUAGAAAGAUCCUCCAAGCUUGCGACAAGACACCGACAGACUCGCACGAGCUGCGGUAUGAUGAGCACAACCCAUUUGCCCUGUGCGGCAAAAGCUAUGUUCCGAUAUACAGAGGAAAGCCAGAAGUGAAAUGUCCCCUGUGUGGAACCAGCUACCUACCCGAUUUCAAGGGUUCCGUGUGCGGUGUCUGUUCUGUGGCCGAGGUUGGCAAGGAUACCAUUGGCCUGCGCAUCAGUGCUCUGCAGUUCCGUUGAGCUUAUGUUGGAACUCUUGUAGACCUGGCAACCUUGUAUAGCUUUGGCAGUGACUUUAUUUUAUUUUCGACAGAGACUAAUGGCACUUUCUUCUUUUUCUGCUGCUGUCCAUUCCAGUGAAUAAAACACAGCUGCAAUGAGAAAAAGA